GAAGACGAGAUGCUCUGAAACUCGACUCUGGCGCAACUUCAACAAAUUCAGCCGUUCGUUACGAGCACGCCUUACCGUCUCCGUUCUCCAUUCUGCAGUCUAAACCUCAUUAUUGCGUGCAGAUACAGAGAAAUGUCUUCCGCAAGGUGCCUCCUUCGGUCGCACAAUAUGGUCCCCAGACUUCCCGUCCGCGACCUCACAUCUCGGAUGCUUCCAACUUCUUCUCGACGACAACUGUCAACUAGUUCGAAGACCAAUGCCGCCACCACAGAGACAAGAAGCACCCAGCACCCGCCUCCCGGAAAGCGGAAGCCCCUGACGAAGGAGCAACGAGACUUCCUAUCCUCAGCUCUCCGAGUGAACCAAGCCGGCGAGCUCGCCGCGACCCUCAUCUACACGGCCCAGACACCUGUCGUCGUAGCGCGCCACCCUCACCUACGCCCCCUCAUGAAGCACAUGUACGACCAGGAAGCCGGACACCUCGACACCUUCAACGCCCUCAUCGCGAAGCACCGCGUACGACCGACCGCCCUGUACCCGCUAUGGCAGGUCCUCGCCACCGGAUUGGGCUGGGGCACGGCGCUCAUGGGCCGCGAAGCCGCCAUGGCCUGCACCGAGGCCGUAGAGACCGAGAUCGGCGACCACUACAACGAGCAGAUUCGCACCUUGCUCGAGAUGGUCGCCGAGUGGGAGGCAGACGGCUAUGAGGUCGGCCCCGAGCUUCGCGACCUGAUUAGCACGCUGAGGAGGAUACGGGACGAGGAGCUGGAGCAUCUCGAUCAUGCCGUGGAACACGACGCACAGAAAGCCGAGCCCCAUUGGUUGCUGACAGGUGUCAUCCGUGCUGGAUGUCGAGGCGCCAUCUGGGUGAGUGAAAAGGUGUAAAAGUAAAGCUGUAUUAUAGAUGUAUUGUACAACAGAGGGAACGAACUUUAGCAGGGCGGUGUAUACAUAGGAAAGGAUGCGCGCCAUAGACCUGCAACCAAAACCUAAUUGGGAAGACGACAUCUAGGAAACGAUCGCAAAGGAGUAGCCAUAGGGAUGACCCCUUCAGCACCGCCGACUUCCAGCCAACCUAACCAGAUGUAUGGAGUGCGCCGUGCCAACCCAAAAGUCCAAUGCACUAGAACCAGCG